AUGCCAUCCAGAGGUUACAAGCUUCACUGGUGUUUUUUUAGCUCUGGUAUAUCAAUCAACGAUUUUUAUUGCGUAGUCCAAGCGAGCGAGAGAGGACCCACCUUUUUUGCGCUGUCUUCCUCAGAGAGCUGGCUAGCCUGUCUCAUUGUGUAUCUACCACAGCUAUCUGUCAAAUUUUUCUCCUCUGACAUUCGCCCACCUACUUAUUUGCUCUUUCAAGCAAUACAUCUUUGGUGCUGA